AUGGGCAGAAGGGCGGUUCCGCACAACAUCACGGAGUUCCGGGACAAGGACGGUGCGCACGAGACAGGGUUUGGAGGCAAGCACAUUGGGAAGGUCGGCUCGUUCAUCCUGAACUUCAACAACAUCAUGGGGCCGGCCUUGGUCAUGCUCCCCCUCCUCAACCAGCAGGCCGGCUGGCUCGCUCCACAAGUGGUCGGGACGAUCUUCUGCGGCCUGAGCGGCCUCCUGUCGGCGAUGCUGGUGGAGGCAAUGCAGCGCGUGCCUGGCAACCGUGGAUUCCAGGAGCGGUACGAGUUCGCGACGCUCGCGCGGCACUACUACGGCCGCACGGGCUUCCUGGCCGCGCAGGUGACGUACAACCUCACCAUCCAGGCCACGAACGUCGUCGCGAUGAUCGUCUCGGCGCGCGUCGCCGACUCGGCCCUGCGCACCUUCUUCCGACACUCCUACGGGCUCGAGUACGGGACGUUCCCGCCGAGGAUCGUCUCCACCGUGGCCGACGCAGCCUCCGGCGCCGCCCAGUGGCCGGGCGGCAGCCAGAACAUCAUCUCGCUGGGCUACCUGCUCAUCAUGGCCAUGUGCCUCCCCUUGGGGCUAGUGAACCUCGAGGACAACGUCAUGUUCAACGUGUACACGGGCCUGGUGUUCUUCGUCCUGCUGGCCGUGUUCCUGGUCUUCUUCGGCGUGCGCAUGGUGGCGACCGCCGGGAUGUGGCCCGCGCCGCUCACGCCCGCGGUCACGGACCUCUUCAGCCAGGAGCUCGUCCUGGGGGUGUCCUUCUUCUUCCACGCGUACAUCGUGACCGUCCCGUCGUGGGUCAACGAGAAGGCCCCCGGCGUGCCCAUCUCCUGGGGCGUGUGGUGGCCCACGGCGCUGACGGUCGUCGUCAAGGUCGUGUUCGGCCUCAUGGGCGCCUGGGCCUUCAAGCUGCUCACCUUCCCCAACGGAGUCGGCGCCCUCCCGCGCGGGGUGCCGCUCCCGGGCGCGGCCAACAUCCUCCAGAUCGUGCUCGGGUCCCCCGCGUGCAACGCGUUCCUCGCGGUGUGCGUGUACGGCUUCACCGCGGUCACUCUCAUACCUCAAAUCCCUGUCUACUCCAUCAUGACGCGGUACAACCUGCUGUCAGGGGACCUCUGCACCAACCGCCAGGCCUUCAUGUACGCCGUCAUCAUCCCCUGGACCGCCGCGGCCUUCCUCUACCAGCGCUCCCUCGUCGGCAAGGCCUGCAACUACGCGGCGCUGCUGGUCCAGGGCGGGACGAACUUCGUCCUGCCGGCGAUGAUGUACCGCCGCGCGGUCAUGUGGCACCCGUACUCGGAGGAAAUCGAGGCGCGCACGCUCACGCGGCCCGCCACGCCCGCGCGCAGCUCGCGCCGGCUGCCGCCGCCAGCGCCAUCGCAGCAGGACCUCUCCGUGCCGCUGCUGGGGGACAUCCCGGAGCACCAGGAGGGCUACGGAGGUCGGCAGGGGGACGACGGCCUGCCGCGUGGAUCGUCGGCGCACUCGCGGUCGAGCACGAUGCGGAGGGGCUCCGCGGACGACCAGGCCGUUGGACCGCCGGUCCGGGGGGGGUCUCUCACGCGCGGGAACAGGGGGCUGAGGGGGUACGGCCCGAGUCUGUCGAUCCGGCGCGCGGCGCCGGGCACGCCGAUGGGCGGGGCGCGGAGCGCGACGGGCGAGGAUGCGGACGGGGACGGAGACAGCGUACGCACGACCAGCAAUGCCCCCCUCGGGGCGCGGGUGUACAUGCGGGACGCCAGCAUCCGUCGCGUCCCGGGCCCGAGCAUGGGCGAGACGACACUGGAGGAGCUCGAGGAGCGGUUGCUGGCGGACGAGGACCUGAUCGAGAUCGAGGAGGAGGACGAGGUGGCCACGUGGAAGGAGCCGCACUUUUAUGCGCUUCCCGCCUGGGUGCGGCAGCGAUGCGAGCCUGCGCUGCUCGCGCUAGUGCUGACGUGGGCCGUCGGGAUCUUGAACGUCUUUGCGAUCGUCUUCACGCUGUACUGCGACCUGGCAGGGAUCAACAACGGCGACGGCGAUGCACCGUCAAGCGACGACGACGCGCCGUCAAGCGACGACGGCGGCAACGGGACGGUUGCAUCGGUGUUGAAUUUGCUAUUCAAGGGCUCUGUGUGGAGCGGCGACUCGUAG